AGAAGGGGAGAGGUCUGAAAUAUUCUAGAAUUUAUCUGGAUAUUAUCUUAUUAGAAAAACCUCAAAAAAAUCCUAGCAAAUUCUAAAUAAGUGAUUUAACGAUAUUAGUGGAUAUCCUCAAAACCAUCCUUCUAUUUCUCUACCUUUUCUUCCCUGGCCUUUUCCGAUAUAUUAACAUCUUCUCUAUAUCAUUUCCCCAGUUAUUUGGCCCUUUAGUUUCUUGUUUCCUCACAAAUUACAACCCCUUCGCCUUUUCAUUUUCUGAUUAGCCUAUGUCCAUCCAAGAAAUGGAUCCAGCAGAGCUACGUAGAGUUUUUCAUAUGUUCGACCGAAAUGGGGACGGGAAAAUUACGAGGAAAGAACUUAGCGAUUCGUUGCAGAAUUUGGGAAUUUAUAUUCCUGAAAUGGAACUUGUGCAAAUGAUCGAAAAGAUUGACAUAAACGGAGACGGGUUCGUAGACAUGGAGGAAUUUGGAACAUUGUAUCAGUCGAUAAUGGACGAGAGGGACGAAGAAGAAGACAUGAGAGAAGCUUUCAACGUGUUCGAUCAAAACGGUGACGGAUACAUCACGGUGGAGGAGUUAAGAUCCGUUUUGUCAUCGUUGGGUCUGAAACAAGGAAAAACGCUAGAAGAUUGCAAGAGAAUGAUCAUGAAAGUUGAUGUGGAUGGUGAUGGAAUGGUUGAUUACAAGGAAUUUAGACAAAUGAUGAAACGUGGUGGAUUUGCUACUUUGAGCUCAAGCUGACAUAUUGAAUGAAAAGACAGAAAGAAAAAAGGAAGAAAAAAUUAAAGCAUUUGAUUGCUUUAAGAAAAUGGUACUCCUAUAUUUUGUCUAAUGAUAUUUGAAAAUGUAGAAGGUACGUAGAUACAAAUGAGUCAGGAAUCAGCUAGCCUUUUGUAUAUGAGAAAACUUAAUGCAAGACUUAUCUCCUAAAUAGUUUGACCAAAUA